AUGGAACGAGAAAAUUUAAACUUCAGUGCUACAACUGUUCCUCUUAAGAUUAGCUAUUAUGAUGGCUUCUGUAUACAGCUAUCGAGAAUUAGUGGAAUUGUUAGGAAAUACCUAUUUAUGGCAAAGAUUGCAGAGCUUAGUUGCCAUACUUCUAGGGUGCUGCAUCUGGAACAGAGCCCAGAUGGUUAUACUAUUGCAUCAGCUGGAGAAUACGAGACACUAAGGUUUUGUCAAGUCUUUGGAUCCCCUGAUAUCUCAGAGAGUACCAAAACUAAAGAGCCACAUGUUAGAUUAGAUCUCAGUUCAAAUAGUUUUGAAUUGCUUCAUAUCUGCGACAAGAGCAUGUUGUCCUCUGAUGUUAGUAAUCAGUAUCUUCACAGGAUUUAUGAACAUUUUGAUGCAGUUACAGCCUUGGCAUGGUGCCCUUUCCAGCACAAUCUUUUGGCAUCUGGUGGAGGUCUUGCAGACCAAUCUAUUAAGUUAUGGAAUAGUUUUACUGGAGCAUGCCCAAAUACCAUUGAAAUAAACUCUUCAGUUUAUGCAUUGUUAUGGAAAAAGCAUGAGUUGUUUAGGGGAAGUAGUUUAUCUAUUCGCACAUAUGAAAUGCAAGUGAAAGGGUUAGCUGGAUGGGGGUGUGCUGUGGAACAACAGUAUUGUGUUCUUUGA